AGAGAGGCAGCAGGAUCCGAUGAUCUCGCGACUCUCGUACGACUGAGCGGGAUGCAUUCACUAAUCAGCGCGGGCUCUUUCCUGUCUCGCUACCCGCGCUCGUGACAGUCCUGAUUCUUCCUAUCUUGGCUACAGGCGCGAGUGCGAUUUUGAACGGCGCCACCAAUCAUGUCACUUCUGCUGUCUUGCAAAGCCGUACAAGCCAAAAGGGAAGCACGGCAUGAGCGCCAGCCUGCCUUAUUGACCAUCUCGCGAUGUGAUCGGAACAGGGCGUCAUCAGGAUCUCAUCAGGGUCUCGUCAGAGUGUGGUGCUGGGAUGACCAGGGCGACACACUCCGGUACAUUUCAGCCCAUGAUCGAGUUGAAAAUGCAGUUUCCUUGUGGUUGAGCUUUGUUCUCGUGAUAGCUCAUUAUUGGAGCAUAAUGGGCCGGUAUUGCUACCCCGCAGUUGAGGAAGGGUGGGCGUGCUGUGCCUGAACACCGGGUUUAGAGAGACGAUUGCGCUUCCAACCGUGCGGAAAGCUCGCUCAGUGAUGAGAUUGGUCUCGGAGCUGUAGCCGGGGCGAUGGGACGACCCGAUCGCGAGCAACACGGUCGGAAGGAGCUUCAAUGUUG